AUUGGAUCCGGGAAUUCCCUUACGCUCGAAAUGCAAUAUAAUUCACAAAUAUUACACAAUCAAAUAAGAGAAUCACAUGAAUAGUCUUAAGAUAAUAAAGUGCCUGUUCAGCACGUUGUCCCCUUCCGAAACGAAUUUUCUUAUGGUUAUUGACGUAACCUCAAACCCCGGGUCUCAUUUGGUUCAUUUCCAGAAAAGUAUGAGUGAUUCAGUGGAGAAUAAAACGUGCAAAUGCUCGCAGACCAACACAAAACCAAAAUUAAAAAUCUUGGCGAUUCAUGGAUAUCGGCAAAACGCCGACACAUUCAAACAAAAAACUGGGUCUUUUAGAAAAAUGGUACACAAAUGGGCCGAAUUCACGUACAUUACUGCCCCCCAUAAAGUAACAUUAAUUGAUGACCUUAGCCAAACGGACGAUAUCAAUAUUGGCCAAAGUCAAGAUGAGGAACAAUAUGGGUGGUUUUUCAAUAGGGACGACCACACGUUCAGAGGGAUACGAAAAGGGGGGCCCGCCAUCGGGUUUGAAGACAGUGUCAGGUUUGUAGAGGAGGUCUUCGCGAAAGAAGGCCCCUUUGACGGAAUUCUGGGCUUCUCCCAAGGGGCUUGUUUUGUGGGGCUUUUAUGCGAUUUGCAGCAAAGACACUUAACAAAGUGUAAGUUUAAUUUUGCCAUUAUGUCGUCUGGAUUCAAGUCGGGUUGUUUGCCCCAUUUAAAGUACUUUAACGAAACUAUUACACUGCCAAGUCUGCACGUGUUUGGAGAAAGUGAUAAAAUCAUUCCUACUGAAAUGAGUGAAGCAUUGAGUGAGGCUUUUUUAGAACCAAAAAUAGUCAAGCAUCCGGGUGGACAUUAUCUUCCUGCGACGGCAGCACAGAAACAUGCCUAUCAGAGCUUUUUUAAGGAACAAUAUAUGCGUGAAGACGAUGCAGACGAUGAAAUAAUUGAUUUAUAGAUUAAUUGAACGAAAUAAAUUGAAAUUAAGUAAAUAAA